GUUAAUUGCAAUUUAGAUAAAAUACAAAAUGAAGGGGUAGAACCGUAGAAAUAGCUGCUCGCAAACCUUUCGGACGGAGAUUUAUUCUCCGGCGAUUCACUCCAUGCUUUCUUUCCUCGUCGUCAGUUCGCAAUCCAGCCCAUAAAAUUUAUCCUGUUCCAGAAAUGGCGAAAGUUAGAGACAGAACUGAAGAUUUUAAGGAUGCUGCGCGGCGGUCAGCGCUAAAUUUGGGAUAUGAUGAGUCUAAAAUCGCAGCAAUUAUGGCGUCAUUUAUAAUGCACAAAGCUCGGGAGAGAUCAUCUUUCACCAAAGCUGCCCUGAAAACGCUUGAAAGCAUUGUUGCUUUAGAGCAGUUUCUUGUGGCUCAUAAAAAGGACUACAUAGACGUGCACCGAACCACUGAACGUGAGAGAGAUAGCAUUGAACAUGAGGUGACCGUCUUCAUCAAAGCAUGCAAAGACCAAAUUGAUGUUCUCAAAAAUAGCAUAAAUGAUGAGGAAGCAAACUCAAAGGGAUGGUUAGGUAUGAGGAAUGGCAAUUUGAAUGCCGAUACUGUUGCUCACAAACAUGGAGUGGUCUUGAUAUUAAGUGAGAAACUUCAUUCCGUGACAUCGCAGUUCGAUCAGCUUAGAGCUCUGCGCUUCCAAGAUGCCAUCAACCGGGUAACACCGAGAAUAAAGCGCAAGCAACAUGGCAAAAUCGAUGUUUCAGAUAGUUCUACUUCCAGGAAUUUAGACACUAGAGAAGUCAACACUUCGGAAGUCAGGAAGGAGGAUGAUGUUCAAGCAGGGCCAAUUAGAUUCCAGCAACAGCUGUUGGAUGACGAGACGCGCGCCCUCCAAGUGGAGUUGUCUAGCAUGUUAGAUGCUGUUCAGGACACAGAGACGAAAAUGGUGGAAAUGUCGGCCCUAAACCACCUCAUGUCCACCCAUGUUCUGCAACAGGCCCAACAGAUCGAGUAUUUGUACGACCAGGCAGUGGAGGCGACGAAAAAUGUUGAGCUUGGUAAUAAAGAGUUGUCGCAGGCGAUUCAACGGAACAGCAGCAGCAGAACCUUUCUACUGCUCUUUUUGUUCGUCCUCACUUUCUCGAUCAUCUUUCUUGAUUGGUAUAACUGAAACAUCGAAAUCGAAACUUCAAAUGUACAUGUGACACACAUUGGACCUAUACUAUAUUGUACUAAAGUAUACUUUUAGCGGGAAAUUUUUGUAUUGUAGUUUAUGCGACUGUAAUUAAUUGAAUUGUUGAUAUUUUGUGCGUGCGCGGGGAAUAUAAUUUAUUUUGUGAACGCCUGUU